AUGGAUAAUUGUAUUGGAGAAGAGUGUAAACAUAAUUCUAAUUACAUGAUUGAUAACUGUACCAUAUUUAAUAAAAAAACUAAUCUAAAAACGGAAAACCAAAAUUUAAAAAAUGAUGAACAAGUCUUAGGAAAUGGAAACCAUUUUAUUGAUGAAAUUCUAAUGCGGAAUAACCACGAAAAAAAUGAUUUAGACAAAAUAAAUUUGUUAAGUUCUUUGUUGUCUGAAAAAAACAAUGAAGUUAUUGAAAGGCCAAGUUAUUGUUCAAAUUCUUGUAUUGCUAAAUGCUCAUAUGAAAACAAACCACUACCAGACUGUAUAAAUAAAAAUAAUAUUUCUUGUAAAGCACAACAAUUGUUGUGUGAAAUUGAAGAAUUUUGUUCAAAAGAACCAUGCAACCCAAAUAAUAAACUAUUGAAACAAUCAAGGAUUACUAUUUGUUCUUUAAUCGAGGAAAUGGAAAUACAUAGUUCAGCGUUAAAAUAUAACCAAGAGAAAUUUGAAUGUUGUUUUAAAUCAUUAAACGAAGAACGAAAAAUGUCUAAGAAUAAAGAUUCUGAGUUAUGCAGAAUGAAAACAGAUUUAUCUAUUCUCGCUGAUAAACUCAAAGAAAUCAUUAAACAUAAUAACUUUUUGAGUUGUAAUAUAGACAAAGUUUCAAAAGAUUUAUUGUCUAAAAUAAUUGAAUAUAAAGAGUUGUUGAAGAAAUCAGAUGAGCUAAAAGAACAGUUGAACAACGUGGAAUACUGUUUAAACUUGAGGAUUGACGAAAGUAAAUGUAUUAAAAAAGAAUUAAGUAAAAAAUGUCAAAUUAUUGAAGCUGGAAUAAUAAUUAAACAGGAGAUGGAAUUUAAAUUAAGCAAUUUGGAAAAAAAGUUAGAAAAAUCAAAAAAGUUAAAUAAUAUUUGUAACAAUAAAUGUAACGAUUUAAUUUUACUAAAUUUAAAUCUUGAAAAUAAUUUACAAAAUGAAAAAAAUUAUAAUUGCAAAAAAGCUAUUUAUAUUGAUGAUUUAUGCAAAAAAAUAUAUGAUUUAGAAACUAUAAUAAAAGGUAUUGAAGAUCACAAAUUGUUGUAUACAGAGGAAAUUUCCAAACUUAAAACUGAAAAAUAUGAAGCAGAACUAAAACUAAAGGAAUUUAAUAGUAUGAUUAAUACACAAAAAAAUAAAUUAGCUAUUACCAUAUCUGAACUAGCUUAUACUAAAGAAUCUCUAAAAAAUAAAAACGAUUGCCAAAUUCAAAAAAUUCAACAAUUAGAACAUAACAUUAAAAACUAUGAAAAAGACAUAGAAUGUUAUAAAGUACAACAUGAUAUUUUAACAAAUCAAUGUAUGAUGAGUAAUAAAGAUCUAUCAGAAUCACAAAUGAUAAUUAAAAUGUUAGAAACUAAAAUUAACGAAAUCGAUAGAGAAUAUAAAAUGACACUCCAUGAUUUAACUCAGGAAUGUGAUCAUCUGAAAAGUGAAAACUGUAAAUUCUUGGAAAAAAUUAAUGAAUUAAAUGAAAACAUAAUAUGUGUCAACAAAGAGGAGAAUCACGUGCGAAAAGAUUUAGCUGCAUGCAACGAGAAACUAUUGAUUGCAAAUGAUGAAAUAAGUCAUUUUGAUCUAGAGAUAAAAUGUAUUAACACGAAAUUGGAAAUAACGACUGAAAAACUAACAUGCACUGAACGAGAACUAGAAGAGAUAAAGUUAAAAUUAAAUAAUGAAACGCAUCUUAAAGAUAAAAUAAAUGAAAAAUAUUGUAGUAUAAUGUAUGAUUAUUCGUGUCCUCAAGAAAAGUGUCUGAAUGUCGAUAAUAACAGACUCAGUAAUCCAAAUUUGAUGUCAUGUAAGAUUGCGAGAAAUGCUAAUGAUGGUGAACAAAUAAUACAUUUAAACCUAGUUGACGCUGGUUCACAGACACAUAUGUGUCCGAUCAUAUGUCAGCCUAUAACAUCAACAUUUCACUCUAUUACAAAUAAUUCCAAUUCUUGCAAAUCUAAACAAUGUGAUAACUGUAAUAGUUGUAUUAGUUCAUGUGAUUCCGAUAAAAUUAGCAAUAAUCCAUGCCAGAUGGAUUUCAAGAAAAAUUCUCUUGUUAGCGCUUCUGAUAACUGUUCUUGUUUUGGUAAAUCAAAAGUCUCAACACAAUGUUUUGGUUUUUUAUUUGAUAAAGAAAAUCUUCAACGUCAACUGAAUGAAAUGAAACUACUGUUAAAAAAAAAAGAAAAGGCAGCAAAGAAAGAAUUAUGUGACACAGAACAGAUUUAUUACAAUAAGGAUAUGAUAAUAAACAAAUGUCUAGAUGACACAAGGAAACAAUACCAACAACAAUUGGAUGACGCUAACGCUCAAUUAGAAUCAUACGAAACAGCAAUUCUGUAUAAAGAAUAUGAAUUGAAAAACUUCCAAAUACGAGAACAUCAAUUCAAAAUGGAAAUUGAGAAACUUAAUGAAACGAUACAAAACAAGGAUAAAAAAAUCGAAUCUGAACAAAAACAAGUAGUUUCUGCAAGUAAUAGUAAGAAAGAUUAUGAAGAACCAUUAUUAAAUCAUCAAAAACCAUUGGAAUUAGAAAAAUUAAACAAACAUUCAUCUGCUGAAAAUUUCCAAUUAAUCACGGACGGCAAUAAUAAUCUGAAUGAAAUGUUUUCUGAGUUGGACAAUAAAGUAGAAAUAUCUCAAACAUUAACGAAGAAAAAACGAAUUUCGACCAGAAAAAAUGUUAACAAAAGUAUUUGCGCAUUGAAAAAGACUAAGAAGACCGAAAAGAAAAAAAAUAAAUAUGGUCCCAAAUUGAAUUUACCUUGUUGUAUUGGAUCAAAAAAUCCUUGUAAUAGACAAAAAAUUUUAAACCUACAGAGAGAUGGUGUUGUAGAAUGA